AAUGCCUCAAAAGUUAGGCUAUUUUAUAACGUAUAUUUAUGGCCGUUAAGUUGUGAUUGCUCUCUUAUUGUUUAUCAACACUUGUUCAUCAUUGUAAACAUUAAUGGUUCGCAUUUGUAGUAAUAUCAUACUAUAUAAGUUAUUGUAUCGCAUUUUGUGUGAAUCCCAAUAGAUUAAACAGGUUGACUGUUGCUUAAAAUGUUGGUGCACUCAUCGGCGCAGUGCUGUUUCGCGAGAUGCGCCGGGACUGCUGCUGCGAAGACCGGCAGCAAGUGUUUCAGCACGUGCUGCAGUUCGCGGAGGAAGGUCCCCUCGGACUUGAAAGGCCGCAGCGGUAGCUCGCAGUUGUGGCUCGCCAGGCAGCUGACUGACCCGUACGUCGAGAAGGCCAAGAUGCUGAACUAUAGGUGUCGCAGUGCGUUCAAGCUGCUGGAGAUAGACGACAGGUUCCACCUGCUGGCGCCCGGCCGGUGUGUCGUGGACUGUGGGGCGGCCCCCGGCAGCUGGACGCAAGUGCUCGUGCAGCGGACAAACGCGUGUGGCAGAGACACACGGCAAGCAGUCGGUAGUGUUGUAGCGGUUGACAGACAACCCAUCCACCCCAUCGAGGGUGCAACGAUCAUCGGCAACAUGGACUUCACGGUGCCGGAGACUCGAGAGAGAGUCCGGGAGGCGCUGAACGGACGUGGGGCGGAUGGCGUUGUGAGCGACAUGGCCCCCAACGCGUCGGGCGUGCGGGAAAUGGACCACGAGAACAUCACGCACCUGGCAUACACUGCGCUGCGCUUCGCAGCGCAGGCGUCCGGCUCAGGGGCGUUCUUCCUGGUGAAGAUGUGGGACGGCUGCAACACCCGGAGCCUUGCGCGCGACCUAGCCGCAUUUUACGCGCGGGUGCGGACGGUCAAGCCGGGCGCCAGUCGGUCCGACUCUGCCGAAACCUUCCUGCUGGCGCAAGACUUCAAAGGCUUGAAGAAUUGAACUUUCUCGUGACACAUUACAUCAUGUGGUGCUUCUGCGGAACUGAAACGUUUUUUCUUAAGUUUUCUCAAUAUUAACUAGGAAAACUUUUGCACACAUCUCAAAGUGUAUUGUCUCGUAUCUUUUCACACUAAGGUUGAUAGUGGUGCUAAAAAAAAUUACAGUAAUUUUGAAAAUAAAAUUUUUCAUCUUUUUUUUUAACCUUUCUUCAUAAGCCUUUAUGCAGUUACUUUUUCAUGUACCCUACAAGUUAAAAACUCAGUUCGAAAUAAUAUUACCAAACUUAAGGAAAAUAUUGAAAGCAUCAAAAUUAUGAAAAAAGAAGCCCAAUAACCAUGGUUAGUGUAUAAUUUUUUUUAAUGUGGCAGCUUGGCAUGUUAGCUCAACCAAACUUUCUACUUGGUCAAAUUAGUCUCAUAUUGUAAACAGUGGGGAAGGAGCAUUAAUGUCUUCUCAAGGCAACUUGGAGAUUCCUAGGGGAAAGAGAUGAUCCCCCGUAACGGUCCUGCUGACUCGGAGAUCCUGUCAUGCUCUCGGCUGGGGUUUUUACUUCUGAAUACGUUUUAGCAAAAUUAUGACAUUUAUCACAUUUCUUUUUUUACAGUGUUAAAUGAUUAAAACUUAAACCUGUGAAGAUAUUUUUGUAAUUAUUUCUUCAUGUUUUUGAAGUAUUGACAGGUUUCAGGCAUUGUUUCAUUGCCGCUGAAAUAUUUCUUUGCAAGCUUUGUACUCACUAAUGGUGCAUCCUAGCAAUGAAUAUGUAAUAAAUAAACAUAUACAUAUUCAAUGGUCUUAGGUGGUUGCAAUAAUACUAGCUUAUACUUACUCGUACAUCUCAAUAGAACUGUUUAAUAUGUGUAUACACUUAAGGUUAAAUUAGGAAUCACAUUACAUUUCAAAAUUGAAAUAAAAACUGCACUAUGUACUAUUAUAAUGGUUUUAUUAAAAACAGAAAACAAUACAAACAAUUGCAAAAUGGCCUCCA